AUGUCGGAAGAGAAAGGAAUCGUGGACCAUGUGGAGGAGAGCAGGAGCCAGACUGAAUCCCCAGCGGCAUCAGAAGAGUACGCAUUUCCUUUUCUUCUGUUUAAUGUUCAGAUUCAAGGGCCUAAUGCGUCAACCCGUGACAGCAAUAACACCACGCCGCCCUUUGAUACAGCAGCUGAAACUCGCUUGCGGCGGAAGAUAGACUUGUAUAUCGUCCCCACCGUCGCAAUAAUUUAUCUCUUCUGUUUCAUUGACAGGGCCAAUGUUGGUAACGCAAGACUCGCCGGCUUCGAAGCAGACCUCGGCAUGACCGGGUACGACUACAACAUCGUCCUCUCGGUCUUCUAUAUCUCGUACAUCGUCUUCGAAAUCCCGUCUAAUAUCGCAUGCAAAUGGCUCGGGCCAGGAUGGUUUCUCCCCGCCCUGACUGUUGCUUUUGGCCUCUGCUCUGUUUUCACCGCGUUCGUGCAGACGAUGGAAAGUGCAGCGGGCGUGCGUUUCUUACUUGGUAUCUUCGAGGCGGGAAUGAUGCCGGGGAUAUCAUAUUAUCUUUCCCGAUGGUACAGAAAGCAAGAGCUUGCAUUCCGAUUAUCACUGUACCUCGUCAUGGCUCCUCUCGCUGGCGCCUUUGGCGGGCUACUCGCUUCUGCAAUCCUAACCCUUGACUCGGUCGGCCACCUCAAGACAUGGCGGAUGAUCUUCGCCGUGGAGGGUAUCAUCACCAUCGGCGUUGGACUAAUCGCAUUUAUAACACUAACCGACCGACCCGAGACAGCGCGGUGGCUCACGGCAGAAGAAAAAGACCUCGCUAUCGCGCGCGUCCGCUCUGAAUCCGAACACGCAGGCGUGCAUGAAGUCCUUGACAAACUUGACAAGAAGAAACUCCUCCGUGGAAUCUUCAACCCUAUCACCCUAGCCACAGCCUGGAUCAUGCUCCUUACCUGUGUAACUGUGCAAGGGCUAGCUUUCUUCCUCCCAACAAUCGUGCGAACAAUAAUUCCCGAAAAGAGCACGGUGCAGCAACAGCUUCAAACAGUCCCGCCGAAUAUUGUUGGGGCGGUAUCAACACUGGUGGUUCCGUAUCUAAGUAGUCGGUUUGAUCGACGCACGCUUUUCUUUAUCGUCACCCCGCUCUUCAUGAUGACAGGAUACAUCAUCUUCCUCGCAACAGAAGCAAGCCAGAGCCGCGCGCGCUACGGUGCAACAUUCCUCAUCGCCUUCGGCUCAUUCCCUAUAGGGGUCCUCUGUAACGCGCACGCAGCGGUAAACGUUGUCUCGGAUACAGCGCGCGCCUCGUCAAUCGGGACGGUGGUGAUGAUGGGGAAUAUUGGCGGGUUGAUAGCGACGUGGUCAUUUUUGCCCUUUGAUGGGCCGGAUUAUCCGAUUGGGAAUGGAUUGAAUCUUGCUACGGGGGCGACUUGUUUGCUUACCGGGGUUGGGAUGUUAAUUUGGUCGCGGUGGGAUAAUAAGAGGCGCGAAGGGGUGGAUGGGGAUGUGAACGGGGUGCUGGAUGGGUUGAGUGCGAGGCAGGUGGAGGAUUUGGAGUGGAGGCAUCCGUUGUUUCAGUGGAGAUUGUAG